UGUACAUUUUUGUUUUGCAUCUGUCACUGAGAAAUAAAUAUGAUAUGUCUAUGAUAAGUACGUCUAGAAAAAUGACAACCUUAAGACAGAUCGACCUACAUGAUAUAUAAAUAUAAUGAAUGAGGACAUCUGUGAAUUAGAUAAAUAAUGACAUUUAGUGGUCAGUAUGACAGUACUUUUAACAAAUUUACCACCAGAACUUAUCAUCAGGAUACUUGAAGAUUUACCUGGCAGAGAUAUAGGACGUUUAAGUCGAACAUGUACACAACUAAGAUCAAUAUGUAGAACUGAUAUUAUAUGGCAGAAACUGUGUCAGCAAAUUUGUGAUAUUAAAGUGGAGGAAUGGGACACAACAUAUUAUAAUAUUUAUACAAAAGUUCUACACAAAUAUGGAAGAUGUCUUGGGUUGUGGAGAAGAAACAUGAGGCCCUAUGGUGGAUUGAUGCAAAUUAAAGUAGACAAUGGCAGACUUUUAGCCACAGAAUACAAACCACCAUAUGUAUCAGACAUUCACGGUCCAUUACGACCUGAAAAAGUGUUUAGUAUCGGCAUAAAUAAAUUUAAGAAUCAAACAGAGAUACUUUGUUUACAUGGGUAUGGUGAGGCACAUCCAGGGAGUAUAGAAUAUGAAACAGAAGAAUCUGAUGUUGUAUUUAAGUGUUGCCAGAUGUCAAGCCAUGCUCAUCCUAUGGGCUCCUCUGUUGAGUUAUCUAUCAUGAUUAAGAAGGAGACAAAUAACCACACCAUACCAUUUAGAAAAGAUGAUCAGAAAAGAUUAGAGUGCUACAUGAAGAAUGUUCCGAAGUAUAGGCUGACACGUAUAGAAGUCCAGAGACCUGACCCAGUUUACCCAAUACAGCCAGGUCUGUUUCUAGCACAUUACAGAUCUCAUGGGAUAGAAAUGUUCCUGUUGAAAUAUGAUAUGAGUAAGAAAGAAGCUGAGGUCAUCAAAAUUACAGGUGAUCCUAAUGUACCAGCAGGGGAGACCAGUAUCUACAUUAACUUACGUAAACCUAUGCAGCUGACUAAAGACCAACAAUUAGAUGUCAACAACUUGUUGCUCUUAGAUGAGGAUGACAUACCUGAUUCAGACGAUGUACAACCUAGAAACCAGCCAUUUGUGAUACCUCCAGGUUUUUCCACCUUUUUAGAUGAUUUUACACCAUCGACGUGCGAGUACAGAUAUUUCGCCAGAGGACGUAUUGCAGGGGAUGAUUACAGGGAUCCAGACCUUAUUUCAGUCCAUUUUGUGCCUUUUGAGACCCAUGACGUUUUCUUUGUUUUAUGGUUCAAAUUUUGGGACAUGGAUGGUUUCUACAGAAUAAAAGAUAUCAAAAUAUAAGACAAUUAAAAAGAA